AUGCCGCCCAAGGCAACACCGCCCGAAUUCCCCGUACAGGCGUUUCCUACGUGUACAGAUUUCGAAACCUUUCUCGAGCGCGAACAUGCCACGGCUCCCGGCCUCUACGUGAAGCUCGCCAAAAAGAAUUCUGGCACACCCUCAAUAACGGCAGCGGAAGCCGUCGAAGUAGCGCUAUGUUAUGGCUGGAUAGAUGGUCGCGCCAACGCCUGCGAUGAGACCUGGUGGACGGUACGCUACACACCACGGAGAGCGAACAGUAUGUGGUCUCAGAAGAACGUCGGGACGGUGGCACGUCUUAUUGAGACCGGCCGAAUGCGUCCUGCUGGCCUGGCUGCCGUUGAUGCUGCGAAAGCAGACGGGCGAUGGGAUCGUGCGUACGCAGGGUCUGCUACGAUCGUAGUGCCUGAAGACCUCAAGAUUGCGCUUGCUCAGGUACCUGCUGCGGAAGCUCAAUGGGAAAGCAUGAACAAGGGCGAUCGAUACACAGCGCUGCUCAAGGUAGAGACAGGUACAAAGGCCGGAAGACCCAAAAGAAUAGAGAGCAUAGUUCAAGCGAUGGCAACAGGGAGACGCUCAAGUAGUAGUACUACUGCAGACAGGACAGCUCGGAAGGUUGCCAAGAGAGCUGAAAAGAACAGCGCGAACGCCGAACCCCACGUGCAAAAAGCAGCGCCUUCAUCCCUACGAUCAGGACUAGACGGUCUUUUUGGCAAAAACAUACAACAGCGGGGUGUCGUCUGGAACGAAGCCAUCCGUGCCUCCCAUCGAUGGGCGUCUACAUUUCCGAUGCCACCUGCGAGCUCAAUCACCUACCCUAUCGACUUUACCGACAGAGAGAAGUCUUUGUUGAACAGCUACGCAGCCGUAUUUUUGAACAAGAACAAACACUUUAGUAGCGCUGAUGCGACAAGAGCAGAACUGGACACGGCCUGUGAUUUGAUACUGAAAGAUUGGCCGAUGAAGAAGGGAAAAACUCCGCGUAUUGCCCGGGUAGUCUUUACUGAGGCAAAGAACAAUCUUCUUCGUGCGGAGAAGGCCAACCUUCAGGAAAACGAGGAGAGCGCAAUGGGAACUGCGAGCAAGAGAGCAAGACGUAAGAGACCGCUUGUGGAGUCUGAAGACGAGGACUAG